AUGGGUCACAUUUCAGAGGAGAAGAGGGAUAAAGAAUCCUCUCUAUUCGACAGGGAUGUGGGUGAGCAGUUAACUACUGUCAAUAAAGAAAUACUUACAGGAGUGAUUUUGCCAGAUGUUCAAAAGAGAGACUGGCUGUGUGCACAGCUUCUGCACUUCCUACAGAGGAACAUCAUUAUGUCUGCUGUCUCAGUGGCAGGAAUCCUCGUGGCCACAGUGCUGUUUCUGCUGGUGUUGACCACAUGCAUCAGGAAGAAAAAGCUGUUAUUUCCUUUGGAAAACAUUACAUACAAUAUUUUCAUAAUAGAUGGCAAGACCUGGUAAAACUCUCAAGAAAACAACUCCAGAGAACAGGAGGAAAAACAGAAACAGUUGAAUACACACUGCUGUGUUGAAGCCCAGGCCAGCCAGAGCAAGACUUCAAGCUGAAGAUGAGAGGCGAUUCUCCAUCCAAACGAAGAGGCAACUGAGUUUCUGGCUGUCAGGUGUACUGUACAAAAU